UGUGUGCAAAGUUACUUUAAAGGAUGUACAUGUACAUGUAUUAGAAACUGGCUGUUUAACAAAGAAGCGAGCGUUUACCACAGCUUCACUGGCUUUAUACACUACACCUGUUCACAGAAGCAAUAAGCACAUUUUAUUCGACUACAGCAAACGAUUUAAUGGUAUUUUGUGUGUGUUGAGUUAAAAGAGUUGGAAACCACAGCGCGCUGUCUGCUCGACUUCUUGGAACUUAAUAACAACUGGAUACCAGGACGACUGUAAACCAGCGUGUGUCUCAGCUGUGAAACUCUCCUCCGAACAUUCAGCGGACUGUCCGUGUAGCCUGGAGAAUAACACAUGGUGUGUUCGCAGAAGUGGUCGAGACUGUCAUGGCCGCCCCUGCCUGAGGAGAAGCCGCCUCGAUUAUCCGGUUUUUGGUAAAGAACCUUGGGCUGAGUCUCAGAAGAUUAAGGAGCUGAGGACGUGUGCAGUUUCACUCAGAUAGUACUUUAACAAUUCAAAAAGAAAAAAUGAAUGUAAUGUUAGAAGAGGAAGCUAUGUCUGCCAUAAACAAUCCAGUCCAGGUCUCAUGUAUACACAGCAUAAAGACUGAACCGAAGUCUGUAGCUGAUCUACAAGACCUAAAUGAUAAAGUAAUGCUUAAGACAGAAACCACAUUUUGUUCUGAUACAAAUAUGACAUAUAGCUCAUCAGCGAGCUGUGUACAGCUUAAAAACAUUUCUGGUCCAACUUAUAUAAAACCUGAGCUUGCUAAGAACAUUCCUCAAUCAAACUGGAAACUUGAGGAUGCUGUAAUACUGGAGCUAAACUUUCAAGAUACCAUUGGUUGUAUUAAAACUGAGCAAGUUCCUGGUGAAGAACUUCAUCCCAUAAAAUCUGAACGUGGUGCACACAUUGAGCAGUCAGACUGCAGUCAUGAGAAUGCUGUGAAAGUGGAGUGCCACUGUCAAGAUGUCACCUGUUCAAUUAAGACUGAACAGGAUUUUGUGCAGUGUGCAAAGACAGAAGAGCAGCUUGUAUCUAAGCAAGAAGAACAAGAUCAUACUCACAUGGUGAAGACUGAGACAGGUUGGCCUGGUCAGCAUGCAAUGUGGCAGAAGAACAUUGAUGGGAAUUGUCAAGAAAUGAGUGUUGCUAUAUGCAGAACUCCUGAGGUGACAGAUAUUAUGAGAGAAAAUCAACAACAUCAGACACAUGCGACUGUUACUAAAGUCAGUAUUGAUUCCGCAACAGGAAGCAGAAGUGUUGACGAGCCUUAUCAGUGCCAAGUGUGUUUAUGUUGUUUCAGUUUUUCAACCCUGCUCAUGAAGCAUAUGAAAAUGCACUCUGAUUUUGAAGCUUACAAUUGUACUCCAUGUAGCGUUGUGUUAGAAAGAAUAGAUACUUUAAAACAGCACAAGGAAGCUAACAGUAAUAAGAGAUCUGACCAUUGUGAUGAGAGAUAUCACCAGUGUACUGUAUGUCAUGUAGCUUUCAAAAGAAUAGGUCCUCUAAAAAAGCACAUGGUGAUUCACAGUGAUUUGAAACCUUACCAGUGUACUUUAUGUCAUGUAGCUUUCAAAAGAUCAGGUACCCUAAAAACACACAUGAUGACCCACAGUGAUGAGAAACCUCACCAGUGUUCUGUCUGUCAUGUAGCCUUCAAAACACCUCUUGGACUAAAACGGCAUAAUGUGAUUCACAGUGACGUGAGACCUUUCGAGUGCAGUGUAUGUAGGAAAAUGUUCAAGCGGCCUUAUGAGGUAAAGAAACAUAUGGUGACCCACAGUGAUAAGAGACCUUACCAGUGUUCUGUCUGUGGUUUUUCCUUCAAAACACCUCUAUGCCUGAAACAGCACAAAGUGACUCACAGUGUUAAGAGACCUUACCAUUGUUCGGUCUGUGUUUUAGCCUUCAAAACACCUGUUGGCCUAAAACAGCACAAAGUGACUCACAGUGAUGAGAGACCUUACCAGUGUUCGGUCUGUCAUGUAGCCUUAAAAACACGUGCUGGCCUAAAAUACCACAAAGUGGCUCACAGUAAAGUGAGACCUCACCAGUGAAGUAUAUGUAAUAAUGCUUCUAAGUGGAUAAGUGAUUUAAAAGAACACAUAGUGACCCACAGUGGUGAGUUACCUCACCAGUGUUCUUUUUGUCAUGUAGCCUUCAAAACACCUUUUGGUCUAAAACGGCAUAAUGUGACUCGCAGUAAGGAGAGACCUCACCAGUGUACUGUAUGUCCUUUAGCUUUCAAAAGAUUAUCUUACCUGAAACAGCACAUGGUGAAUCACAGUGAUGUGAAACCUUACCAGUGCAGCGUAUUUAAGAAAUUUUGUAGGUGGUUGUCCGAGUUAAAAAAGCACAUGCUUAGCCACAGUGAUGUUACCUCAUCAGUGCCAUCAGUGUAGAGCUAGUUCUAAGCAGAGGGCAGUAUUAAACACAACAUGAUAAUUAACAGGGAUGGGAAAUCUCAUUAAUGCAGUGUAUGUGAACAACCACAUGGUAUGCUGUCGAGGAGAGACCGUAUGAGUAAUGUAUGUAAAGCUUUUUUUUUUUAAUGUUACAUGCCCAUUUAAAAGAGUGGAAUGUUAUAUAAGGAAGUCUGUUAAUGACAUACUCUCUUAUGAAUAAAGUGUGUAGAGGUGCUAUUUGCCUUAUUUCCGUUAAGAGGAUCAAAUAAUUUGAAAGAGCCAUUUAAAUCACCUUUUUCCCAGUGCAGUUUGUUUCUUUGGACAUUUUGUCAGUGCCCUUAUUUUUCUAUUCUUUGUAUUAAUCUAUGAUCUCUGAGAGGUGAUUUGUCUACCAGAGAAAUAGCUUGUCUUUUCAAAGAACAUGUACAGAUAUUGAUGAGUAUCUUUGUGUUCAGUGUGUAAAACUGUGCUUUAGCUCCCAACCCAAAGAUGUCAUUUCCUUUUGAAAACCAUGAAAAUCCAAGAUAGACUGCACAGUACUUUAGUUAGUUUGUUGUAUGCUACUUUAUCUCUGAUAAUUGCAAAUAACUGAACAAUGAGUUUACUUGUUUGAAUUGUUGUCUUGAUGGAUUCUUGUUGAUGUUAAUAACAAAAAGGGUAAAAGAAUAAACUGAAUAUCCAAUGUGAA